GUCGCGUUUAUCACGCAUUGCGCAGACGCGCCUCGGAUCCGCUGGGCGUUUGUGCUGCUGGCGGGGUAAAAUCAGCAGCAAGACGUUAAACUACACGAACUCCAGAUGUGCAGAGGAUCGAGCACUUGUCAAAACCUCUGGAUUAUAUAAUCUUUGCUCAUACUCGGAAGUGCACUGCAAAUCAAGGCGCGAGGACUUCUGAACCAGAUCUUUAUCGGCAGCUGACUGAAUUAAUGACAUCCAGCAUCAUCCUCCCCUCUGAUUCAGAAGUAACAUAUUCAUUCUACUCGUCAUUUCCUGUGUUGUGAUUGGCUCGUCUCUUCCCCUUCCUCCGUUCUCAUUGGCUAUCUGGGAUUACAUCGUCUGUUAGUGCCAGUCCCAUUAAAGCAGGUGAAAACAUGGAGCCCAUUUACGCCACAGGGAUGGCCGCGAAGCUGCGGAGUCAGUGGGACCGGGAUGCGGGUUUGGGUCAGAACCACAAUGCUGUGAAGCUCCUGGGCCAGGAUUACGAGUCACUGAGGGCCCAGUGCCAACAGACCAGGACCCUGUUUGAGGACCCUCUGUUCCCAACCAGCGCUUCUUCACUGGGAUUCAAUGAGCUGGGUCCACGGUCCUCCAAGACGCAUGGUGUGCGGUGGAUGAGACCGACGGAGAUUUGUAUGCGUCCCCAGUUCAUCAUGGAUGGAGCGACUCGUACCGACAUCUGUCAGGGAGCUCUGGGUGACUGUUGGUUGCUGGCAGCCAUCGCGUCUCUGACUCUAAACGAUGACCUCCUGCACCGCGUGGUGCCACAUGGCCAGAGCUUUGACGGCGGAUACGCAGGAAUAUUUCACUUUCAGUUCUGGCAGUUCGGCGAGUGGGUGGACGUGGUGAUUGACGACCGGUUGCCCGUGAAAGACGGGAAGCUGUUGUUCGUUCACUCGGCGGAGGGUGGAGAGUUCUGGAGCGCUCUGCUGGAGAAGGCCUACGCCAAGCUGAACGGCUGUUAUGAGGCUCUGUCAGGCGGCAGCACGUCUGAGGGCUUUGAGGAUUUCACAGGAGGAGUCACAGAGAUGUACGAGUUGAAGAAAGCACCCGCUGAUCUCUUCAGCAUCAUCGGCCGCGCCAUCGAGAGAGGAUCGCUGCUGGGCUGCUCUAUAGAUAUCACCAGUAAGUUUGACCAGGAGGCGGUGACCUUCAAGAAGCUGGUCAAAGGUCACGCAUACUCCGUGACCGCAGUGGAAGAGGUGGUGUACAGGGGAAACAUGACUAAGCUGGUGCGCAUCAGGAACCCGUGGGGUGAAGUGGAGUGGACGGGAGCCUGGAGUGACGACUCUCGGGAAUGGGACAAUGUUGACCGCUCUGUCCGGGGCAGAUUACAGAACCGCAGCGAGGACGGAGAGUUCUGCGGAUUUGAGUUAAUGCUGUGUGUUUGUGCUCAGUUUGUGGGGAAGUCAGGUGUUCAUCUGAAGCGGGAUUUCUUCCUGACUAACGCGUCCAGCGCACGCUCGGAGCUCUUCAUUAACCUGCGGGAGGUGAGCUCACGCUUCCAGCUGCCCGCCGGCGAGUACUUCAUUGUACCCUCCACAUUCGAGCCGCAGAAAGAGGCCGACUUCGUGCUCAGAGUUUUCUCAGAGAAACCCGCCAACUCAGAAGAAAUGGAUGAUAAAGUCACGGCUGAUAUUCCAGAGGAGCAACGUCUGGACGAGAGUCAGAUUGACGCCGGGUUUAAGAGUCUCUUCAGACAGCUGGCUGGAACGGACAUGGAGAUCAGCACGACGGAGCUGCAGACCAUCCUGAACAGAAUCAUCUCCAAACAUAAAGAUUUAAAGACGGACGGGUUUGGAAAGGAGUCGUGCCGAAGCAUGAUCAACCUCAUGGACACGGACGGCAGCGGGAAGCUCGGACUCACAGAGUUUCACGUGUUGUGGGAAAAGAUUAAACGCUACCUGCAAAUCUUCAGAGACCAUGAUGUGGAUAAAUCAGGCACUAUGAGCUCUUAUGAGAUGAGAAGAGCUCUGGAAGCAGCAGGCUUUAAGCUGAACAAUCAUUUAUUCCAGCUGAUCAUCCUUCGGUACACAGAGGAAGAUCUGUCUGUGGAUUUUGACAACUUUGUCACCUGUUUAGUGCGUCUGGAGACCAUGUUCAAGACCUUCAAGACGCUGGACACAGACGCUGAUGGAUUCAUAUCGCUCACGUUCUUUCAGUGGAUUUCUCUGACCAUGUUUGCCUGAAAUUGACACAGAUUUUCACCGUUCGUCUGCACUGAGACUGUCUUCUCAUCUGUAGUCCUGCCAUCUGAAGAGUGCCUUCAUUUUUAUACUUCUGUAAUGCAUUUCUAUGGGAUAAACAGCCUUAAUGAUGCAACCCUGUUUACAUAGUCCACAUGCAAAACACUGUGCCAAACGCGUUUCUAAAGCCAAGAGAAAAACAUUUACAGCAUGUUUUUUAUCAUUUCCAGAUUGAGCUGCAUGCAUUUCUCCAGAUGAAACUCAUUCACACUUUCUGUGCCAAAUGAAUCAUUGCCAAUUUCAAUCAUUCUUCAUUUUCAUCGCUAUUUUAUGAUCAUGAGCUGCAUAUCUUUCAGUGAAUGUCAUAUCUUAAUGCUGUUUGUAUAAAGACCGCUGUAUUAGACAUGCAUGCGCUGGUGAUGCUGUAGAUCGAACCUAGCUUUACUUACUGAAGGGGAUUUGGUUUAGACUGAAUUUCAUGCAUGCAGCUGUUUUAUGGGACAAACUGUUUGAGAUGUACUGAAAAACCAAAGGAUCUUUUAACAAGCGAUAAGGGACAUACACUUUUUAAAAAUGCCAUAUGCAUUCCUUUAGUUCUGUUUAUAUGAACAAUGCAAAACAUCCAUUUAAUACAAUCUAGAAAGGAGCAACAACUGGGAACAGAUUGAAUCUGAUUUUCAUAUACGCAGAACCAUGCGCUUUAACAAGACGGCACUUUUCUUUUAAUAGAAAGAUGAGUAUGAAAAGUGGAGGAUUUUCUUUUUUCCCCCCAAUGCCAAGCAAAAUGUUUGUUUUUUUUCCAAUGUUGAUUCAUUUAUGUGGGUUUUCAAUAAACUUUCUUUUAAAGUA